AUGCCUGCACUUCAAAGCAUCGUAGCUGUAACAGUUGGUGUUCAAGGCUUGAAACAAAAGGACAUCGACCGACAAGAGUCCUUGAGCUCAGCGACAAUGGUAUUAGAUUGCGGUGCGAUGUGCAGGCCAUACAUGAUUUUACGUAUCUGGCCCUUAGUCAUAUGUGGGGUAAAGAUGCCUCAAAGCAGCUUAAACUGA